UGUUGCCUGGGAGAUGGUGCAACAGCUAUAUACUUCAUACUUGACUUAUCAGACUGGUAGGCUCAACUUCUUUUCAUUAUACAGUAUCAUUCAUCUCUAUCAAACUGCAACACUGUUCACCCCGACCUCCAUCCAGAAACCCUGAAAGUCCACUCUAUAAGAAAGAUGGCUGCGGUUCAAGAACGCAAUCUGCGUACCCUUACUCUCUUUACCAGCGCGCUCGCAACACCUCUUCUCAUUGCUACGACGAUCAUAUCCCUCGAGUCUAAUUCCUGGUACAAUCACCGCGAUGUAACGGCAUUCUGUUUUGGCUAUAUUCCACUCGCUAUGACCGCUGUUGCGUCUGCUGUGAGCAUAAUCCACCAACGAAGGCGUGGUAGUGUACCAGGGCCCAAAUUCACACUUCUAGACGGACUGGCGGGUAUCACGUAUCUGGCGAUACUCAUUCCGAUUUGGGCGGUCGAGAUUGGUGAGUUAGGGGCGCCAGGAUAUGGUCUAUUGACUGGAUAUACAACAGCUCCUAUGAUCGUCAACAUGUUUGUUCACUUCUACUUCUUCGCUCACAAGUCUCGAUCAGUGUGGGCUUUGUUCGCUGCUCCACUGGUGCACGAAUGCCCUAACUGCCACAACAACUUCACAGUGGGCGCCCAGCAGAUCAAGGAGACAAACAAGGGUGGAGAGCGCUACACUCUGUUGCGUGGAGAGGACUACCUUGAUACUGAUGCUGAUGCGGAGCCAUACAUCGAUGCAAGUGCCAGACCUUCCGAGGAACAGCUACGGCCUGAGUGUGAUGUUAAGGACGAAGGUAAAGGGAAGUCCAUAAUCGAUGUAUGAGCUGGGGCUCAAUCGAGUGAGUGUGCGACAUCUGCACUAGUCAUGGGACACAACACCUGGGUAUGGAGGAGAAGGGAGGGAGGGUUUGACUUAGUGAGAUUGGAUAUGGUAAGAAGUGAUGCCCAUGCACGGACGUAGUGGUCUGUUAAGAAUCUAGAGGGAUGAG